CAUCUAUUUUCCUGACCUAUGAUGACGACUCAAGGAGGUUUGCAGCCGACAAGCAAUGAAGCUAAUCUGUGCACCAACGACAAUGGUAACCAACUUAGUACACGGAUUGUGGACGAGAUUAUGGCUGGGAAGAACGUCUUCUUUGAUCUUCCUGACAAGUUGACUGGUGAGAUAUGGACCUUGAAAUUCCAUUGCAUUGGAGCACAACCUGGAAAAGAAAUUGUCACAGUAAAUAUUGAUAAAGCUUAUGUUGCCUUUUACAACGUGGUGUACAUAAAAUCGAAACUUGGAUAUUCUGGUAGGGACUUCUUGUUUUACAAGAAACGAUGUGGCAUUGAUCGAUCCAGGCUAUUGGCACUUGAUUACAUCCACCAAGAAGAGGCCAUGCUGUCUGAUAACAUGGAUGAGAGAAAAAUAAGUUUUGUGCUCACAAAAGAUCCACCCAGUGAUCUAGAGGUAAGCAUAACUCCCAUCAAGCGUCCAAGGCAGCGAACAAAUGUUGAUGAAGAAACUAUAGAAGUGUCGAUUGAUGCAUAUAAGGAGUGGCUUGCAAUACUACAACAUGACAAUCCAGAAACGGAUUUAAUGGAUGACUUCAGGGAGGAUACGAUCAAAACAUAUAAAGAAUGGUUAAGGCAUCAAGGCGAUCUUCCAGAUAUCUUAUUGUAUGAACGACAAAGCAAUGAUGACCUAAUAUUAUCAGAUGAAGAAAUUCAUGGCAGCAGCAAACCUACUGCUAAUUGGCCAUCUCAUGCUAGACGUCAUAGGAAAAGAGAUCGUGAUAACGAUGGAGUCUUCAAAAAGGAGGGGUGUGGUACCCUUAAGGGUAUAGCAGCAGCCACCAAGCGAAUCAAGAACGGUGAUCACAAACUUAAGAUUGAAUUUUCAUCUAAGCUUGGAGGUCCCCGAAGGUGGGAGUUUCCAAGCAAUGAGGACGCGCAUGAAAAGAUCUGGUCUAUUGCCAAGGAGAGAUACAAAGGAUGGCGAUCAACGUUAAGCUCAACAUACAAAGCAUACAAUAGUUAUGCUGAAAGGAUGAAAAACAAGCCUGAAGAUGUAGACAUCGUCGAGUGGCAUUACAUGAUGUUGUAUUUUGGAUCUGAGAAAUUCCAGGAGAAGGCAGCUGAGAAAAUUGUUGAGAAAAUAUAUCAAACAGAAAGAUAUCAUCUAACAAGAGAAGAGGAAAAUGCUAUUUUCCAAACAACAUUCAAGGAAACAACAGGAUGUAAGAGCAACCGUGAAAGCACCACUCCAAUCGAUCCUUCUUCCGUUGUCCCUACUAAACCUCCUAAACUCAUCCCAGCUGAUCCUCCUGCACCUGCACCAAGUAGUGCAAACAACGUUCGUACACCAGACACAAACAAUAAGAAAGACAAUAUGCCAGCAAACUAUAUUAGCUCUUACACUCUAAGGAAUGCUGUGACAAGACGUGUGCAGGCAAGGGGCAACAAAAGAAGCGAAUGUGUAUGGAAUGCAAAUGUUCUUGCAUUAUGA